AAAUUAUGGGGUCGCUCCUUUGCCGAUGAAAUUUUACUCACUUUUCCGGGCUGAAGUCGCUUGACUCACCCAAGUGUGGAGAUAUUUUGUGAAAAAUAAUUUUGGGGAUGACCUGUUCUCUCGUAGAUUUAGGUUGUUCAGCAGAAUGUCGCAUUACGUGAAAGCAACGAAAAAGACGUUUAGUAAAAAUGCACAGGACUGUCUUGUUGUACCGUUGAUGAGGCAAAGGGAAACUGGAGAAUUGUGCGAUGUUGUUCUAAUUCUCAAUGGCUGUCGAUACAAUGCGCAUAGAGCCAUACUUGCUUUAUGGAGUCCAUACUUUCAUUCCAUGUUUACUUGUGAUAUGAGAGAAAGGAAUAUAGAGGAGGUUGAUCUUUCAUACUCACUUGUAUUAGAGCAGGACUCUGUUUUCAGCACUGUGCUUGACUACAUGUACACAGGAUCUUUGCCCCUGAGCACAGACACAAUCACAGAUGUUGUCAAGAUCUCAGAUUUUUUGCUGCUGGAUGAUGUCAGGGACUUUUGUCAACAAUUUCUUCUUGAUCUUGGCAACCUUGAAUUGUCCAACUGCCUUCGAGUCAAAUUUUUAGCUGAGGAUCACAACUUGCCAGAGGUUGCAACGGCAGCAAGAAGCAUCAUUGAAGCUCGUUUCCAUGACUACCUCAUUCAGCAUGAUGACAUUUUGGAACUUCCGUGGGAAUGGUUGUCAAAACUCUUGGAAGAUCCUUGUGUGGUACAGCACACUGGAUACAAACAGUUGCAUAAAAUGGCUUCAAGAUGGACUGACCAUGACAAAGUGGCUAGAAUCCCAUUCCAUUCACAGUUAACUGCUGCUAUAAAUUCUUGGGUUUCAGACUAUGCCAACGAAGCCUCAUACCUGGGAAGGGAGCUUCGUACCUCCCUGGAAGGGCGUGAUGUUUUAUCUCCCAGAGGUAGUGACCUUUUAAAUUCACCUGUAGACAACUUUGGCAAUAUUAAUCUUGACAACAGUUUUCAUGCAUUAUCAGAAGCCCCAGUGAACUCAGACAGUCUGGUUAAUGUGAAAGCCGACUCUGAAAACUUGAAAGCUUCAAAACCUGACACUCCCACUAGUCAUCCAAACCAAGAAUCCUCACACUGCAAUCAAGUUCUCUUCACAGUUGUGUGUAAUCAGGGUCUCAAAUUCUUGAAACUGUUCCUUUAUAGUUUGGACGACCAAUUGUGGUUUCAUUUCCCUGUUUCUGGUGAACGAUUGCUAAAGUAUGUCCCGAUGCGUCAGACUGUUUGCAACAUGCUGGCCCAUGAAGGGAAACUGUACAUGUAUCUCUGUUCGUCUUUUCCGUACCCAACAGACAUGCUCAAGAUCAACAUUCUCACCAUCGAUCUUCUCACCGGUCAGCCAUCUUUGUUUUCAUUCAGAACUGUGGAUUACUAUAAACCAACAUACAGGACUACUCUGACAAACUUCCGGACUGCCCCGCCUGCUAUGGUAAUGUGUAGUGGCCAGUUAUUUGUCGUUGGCAACAAAGAGGGGACGGGACAUUUGUUUGCAUGCAAUUUGGCAAACAAUCAGUAUGCUUGCUAUCAAAUACCUGGUUCAAGGUUUAUCAGUCUUGCAAGAUGUGUGGUCAGAAAUGAUCGUCAGAUAUUUGUUUGGUAUCGACACAGAACAGGUCCUUCUGAAGAGUUCUCCAUAAAAAAGUCUGUUGGAUUUGUUUUGUUUGAUGCAAAAAUGAAAAUUUUCAGCUCGUGGGAACUGACACCUCCAGAGAUUUCAUAUGAUGACUUUGCAAAGUGCUACGCCAUGUGUGUCCGCGAUGAUACCGUGCACAUUUAUCAACCAGGGGAGCCGGCCAUUGUGCUUGAUGAAGUCAGAGUAAAGUGGGUUACAUCUUUACGAAGAAUUCCAACGCCUGGUGUGGGAUAUGUGCGUGACGUACAAGCAUACGGUUACCAAAUUGCUGUUCCAGCCCAGGAAGGGAUCCUGGUAUUGAACAACUGGCAGCCGUACACAACUUCCCUUCACGAAGUCUCAGAGAAAUUCCCUUGUGCCAUGGCUCAUAUCCCUCCACCUAUUGACAACAUUUCCGUUGCAUCAGUGGCCGAGCUACCUCGUUUUUUGUUACGCAACCUCCACAGAUGCACCAUGUAUGACGAGGCGUAUGCAAGCGCGCUCCACGUGGCAAUGCAGUAUUCUGACGGUGACACAGAUGACAGUGCGGGUUCUGUGUUGGAAGAUGCUGAUACUGACAAUGAUUAUGAGUACGAUGAAGAUAUCUAUGACUAUGAUUAUGACAUGGGAGGGUAUGAGUUAUAAAUCCUCUGCCAUGUUUAUCUACGGUUUUUGAAAACAAAAGACUCCUAAUAUUUUAAAUGUUAUGAAAAAAAACUUCAUCACCCGAAGAAGGAUUAUAUAUUUGUCUAGAUUAUUAUCAGCAUGAUGGAUAUUGUUUCUGAUAAUCCACAGGAUGAGCCAAAAUGUGUCCUGACUUUGGGGUAAUUGAUAUUAUUUUAUAUUUCAUAAUUAUGACUGUUUUCAUCUUGAUGAUAAGCAAAGUAACUGAACCUGUCACAGAAGAUCAAUUCUCUUUUUCCCGUAAGCAUUUGAUACGACUGAAAAAGCAAGGUGGAAAUUUUUCACCAGGUCCUGCCUUGAAACUUUUUACUUGAGCAGUGGACAAAAGUGACAGAAGUCUUAUGAGCUUCACAAUGAUGGCAAGGGUGUAAAAUAUAUUUUGUAGCUAAAAACGCUUUUAAGGUUCUUAAUCUGCCUUCAUGUGGAAACUUUCUUUGUCAGUUUAAAAAAAUAGUUGGUACAGUAAUAAAAACUGCACUCUCCAUUCUUUGUUUUCUCAAAGGUGAAGAAAAAGGGCAACUCAUUUAACUAAUUAUAGUGAUAAAAAAAUGAGCAUUUAAUCCCUUUAUACUUUAUGCUUUUUUAUAUAUGUAUAUAGAUGUUAUGAUUAGUAUAUUUAUUUAUAUUUAUUCUUCCAGCAGCCCUGGUUUUUGUACUGUUUGGUUCCAUUGUCCACAUUGUAAAGGGUCACAUUUUAAAAAUAUAAAUGUUCUCUCUUCAAGGUUGGAGGAAAAAGAACAUCAAACGCACAAUUUGAAGUGGAAACUGCGUCAAUUGUUGAAGCUCACUCAACUUUGCAAAGUUCAUAGUGCAGAACUGUAUACAACAUGGAUUAAUUGCUUGUUCUGAAGGAGCAAAUAUACUACAUGUUAUGCUUCAUUUGCAAUGCUUUGCUCCUCCUGUGAACAAAUAUGCCGUAAUAAUGCUCAUGCUGUUUGUGAUGUUAAGAAAGACUUUCCCACAGUGUAAAUGAACUCAAGCUUUUUUGAGUUUGAAUAUUUCCCCAUUGCUGUACCUUUUAUGUCAAUUCAUUUACAUGUAUAACAUUUACAUGCUAAUAGUAUGACAUAUUUCUAGUCUGUUUUGAUAUUGAUGUGUGCUUUGGUAUAUUACAAGGGCUGCUUGUAUAGUAUGUGCUUUAUUUUUAUAUUUUCUGCAUUUCCUGCCUUCAUACGUUGUCACUAGUCACCACUGGCAUUUGUGUCAUGUUACCCUUUAUGCUUUCUCUUUCAACAUCGAUUUGCCUGAUGGUUAACUACUUUGACCAUUUUUGCCAAGUGGUAACAUCAGAUUGAAGAGGACAGAUCAAUAAUGCUUGCUCCGUCCACUUUGAGAUGAAGUAAAUCAAAGUGAUUUCUCCUACAAUGUCCAUUAGUUCUUUGUUGCACCACUUUCUGGUAGGUCUUCUCAACUCAAAACUUGAUGAUUAUAAAGAAUGUACAGUCAAACCUGUCCCAGACGACUGCACAUUAUCGAGAAGAAGAGUGGUAAUCUUAGACAGGUGGUCCUAUUGGCCAGUGUCAAUAUAUACAUUCAGAAAAAUGAAGAAGGGAAGUGAUCUUUUGUACAGGUGAUUGUCUUGGACAGGUGGUCGUUUGGGCAGGUUUGACUGUAUUGUGAAACCCUUCCCCCUUUCAACAUUUUUCUGUGCAUGAGUUAAUUGUUACAUUUGUGUCUGUAGAGUGAGGAAGGACCAGACAAAAGGAAAGUUGGGCUGACAAGAAAAUACUUGUACCGUACAAUAUAGAUUGUAAUGGAGAAAGAGAAGUGGAAUACAAAGAAUUAAAAAGAGAAAGUCAAAGGGGAAAAUUAAACUCUACACUCUUUAUCUCUCAGGAGGGAUUAGAAUACAUCCAUACUUCUUCAAUACCAGGUGACUGAAUAUUAUCAUUAUUGUGAAAACUGAUUAAAUUUUAACUCCUUUUGCUAGCAGAAUGCGAGUCAGUGGUCUAGUGAUUUGGCUGUUGGGCUUGCAACAGAAAAGGUUGUGGGUUAGAACUCAGUCAGGGUCCCGAUGUUAUUUCCUCGGGAAAGACACUUUACACAAAUAUUUCUCACUUCACCCAGGUGGGAAUGGGUACCUGGCUGUAGACAGUGAAAGAUCUUGUCAGUUUGCUAGUAUUUUAGUGCUUAAAAUCAGCUGCUUGCGUUGUAUGCUUCCCAAGAAGCCGAGAAUGUUUCUAAGUGCUUCUAGGGUCUGCUGGAGUAAUGAUAUGGCUUAUAGAGCGCAUGGAGCUUGCAGUUGAGCGGGGAUAUAUGCUGCUAUACAAUGAUAUUUAUUAUUAUUAUCAAAGAAUUCUGUUGCGUUUUCUUCUUCUUCUUCUGUUUUUGUGUCCUGAAGCCACGGUCAGAGAUAUCUGUUGGUUCUUCAGUCCUCAGUGCCACUAAUGUUGUGCGCAUGGUUGUUUUUUUUCUUUCAGUCUGGUGCCUUUGAUGUGCUGAAUAUACUUACAGGAUUUUUUUGUCUUCGUCUGUGACAAGUAAAUGAGUGAAAAUUUCUACUUGUUCAAGAUAAGGAGUGAGAUAAUACUGAAUUUUUUUCGGGACUCACCCACUGAUCUUACUUGCUCAAACACAGGACCAAACCAUAGGCCUACAAUUUGACACUGGGAAGAGGUGAGCACUAAGUCUUUAGACUUAAAAGUCCACUGUCCAUGGAUAUGAUAAUGCAUAGCUAAUUGUAAAUCACUUUUGCAAACACAGCAAUGUGGGGGGGCAGGGGUUGCACCAAAAAUUUGGAAUUCUUGAACCAGUUUUGAUUUCAAAUAUUUGAAUUAUACAUAGGGCUCAAAAAUAUGCUUUUGAAAUUAGGUAUAGGCCUACAUUUUAACAUUAUAUUUCUUAAGAUCUUCUUUUCUUUCGUGUAGAAAAUUGUCAUGAAGAGAACGAAAUGCUGUCUUGGUGUGUCACAUCUGUACCUUCAUCGUCUUUUAUGUCCAGAGUGACUUUGUAGCACAAGAAAAAGGGCAGUCUUUCAACAUUUGACUUUCCACUACUCCUAACAACAACAGCAAUGAUUUUGUCUGAUCCUUCCUUGUUAUUUCCAUCUUUAUGAAGGCAGUAGCUUGCUAUAAUUGGGUGCUAUUUUUAAUUAUGCGACUUAUCCUGUAUAUUCAUAAAAGAUUCAUUUUGAAUAAUUAUGCUCUAUUGAAGGUUUUAAGUUAGGCCACAGAGAACAUUUAGGAAAUGUGUGGAAAGGGACAUUAGAGAGAUGAAGCUCACUUGGGAUGAGCUUGGAAGGAUGGCCCAGGACAGAGAUA